AACACCGCGAGGUGUGAACAGAAUCGCUGUCAGUUAGUUUGUUUAUGGAUUGGAGACUGUGUGAUGAGAGAUUUGAAACGCUGUCCGGUUUUUAACUGGCAAAUUGUUGGAAGACAUCAGAGAUUAACAGGAGUAGACGUGUUAGGUCUCUGAACGAAUGCUAGUGCUUUGUUAUUGUCGUUAAUUAUUUAAAUAGCUUUAGCACGUAGCAUCAUGGCCAGUCCCGCGAGCGCGAACAUGAACGCUGUCCGGGAGACUAUGGAUGUUCUCCUGGAGAUAUCCAGGCUGUUAAACACAGGAUUGGACAUGGAGUCUCUGUCAAUAUGUGUCCGUCUAUGUGAGCAGGGGAUCAAUCCCGAAGCCCUGUCAUCAGUUAUCAAAGAGCUCCGAAGAGCCUCGGACUCAUUAAAGGCUUCUGAAAUCAGCACUAGUCAAGGAUGACCUAUCAAAAUGUCAUCGAUGAUGGAGUGGUCCCUGUUUGAGAAGAAAGAAAACUGCACAAUGCAUUGUGUAUAUAAACAUGUACAUAGGAUUAAUUUGUUAAAGCAGUUGUUUUGCCUUGUGUUUGGCCUACUUUCAAGUGCCUCAGGAUGUACAAUUGGACUGUUAAAAGUGUCCUGUUUUUCCUUUUUGUGUGUUAUUUAAAUAUUGUGUAUACGAAUACUAACUAUAAUUCAUUGUAAUGCUAAAAGGAAAAACAUCCUCAAAAUAGACCUUACUCUGUGGAAUCAUUUUUGCCUCCGUGUAAAUCAGUAAAAAGGUUUUUUUGUUUUUGUUUUUUUACCCUAACUGUUGUUUUUAUGUGUGCCUCUGGUCAUUAAAACACUUCAUCUGUACCUUUA